AUGGUUCUCAUUAAUGGGCUUAAGUAUGCUUGUGAACGCUGUAUUAGGGGGCACCGUGUUACUACGUGUAAUCACACUGAUCAGCCACUGAUGAUGAUCAAGCCCAAAGGUCGACCGUCGACAACAUGCGCACAUUGUAAAGAGCUGCGAAGAAAUAAAAACACGCACGCGAGCGGAGUUUGUACAUGCGGGAGAGAGGAAAAAAGGCGUUUGCUGAAGCAGGCGAAGGACGGUACAAGAAGUAAGACUAAAGAUGACAAAUGCAAAUGUAGUGAUAGUGAGCUCUGUGUUUGUCAUAAGAAUCGACAGAAUAAAACAUCUUUGAAGCGAAAAAAUGAUGAUAAUGGUAUUAUCGAACCGGAUUUCACUGAAGGAAGUUCUUAUGGUUCAGAUUUCUUAGAGAUGAAGUCUAAGCAGGAGAACAACAACGAGCAGAAUAGGAGUCCUGUUAUCAAUAAUGCCAGUAAUAACAAUGACGGUAUAAAUGGAGAUGAUUCGUUUGCUCCAUUAAAAUCUAGUCUAUACAUGCAAGAUGUGAUGCACUUGGGGUUAGAUCCCGUUCAGAAUAUGAAACCGAUUACACCAUUCACUAGAACUCAGGUUGGAGAGGUUUCUAUACCACUGAACGAAUAUAUAUCUGCAGCGGUAGAUAACAGCGUCCAGUCUGCGACGCCACUUUUAAACCUAUAUGACCGUAUCCUACUCCAAGAUGCGAACGGUGGUAAUAAAGAGAAGAUGAGUUUUUUCACUGACACUUCGAAAACUGAGUUAAAUUACAAUGACCUAAAAAAGAGACAGCAAAGGAUUUCUUCAGAGCAUAAUACUAUUCAAGAUCAUAACGAUCUCAAUAUCAAUUAUAUGGCAUCGUCUAAUUAUCUGCAUUCAAAUUCCUCACGAGAAUUGGCUAAUUCGGACGUCCCUUCCGUUGCAUCCGAUCCUAUGCCUAAAAAGCUGAAUAGUUCAGAUUCAAUAUCUUCACUGCUGAACUCCAGCAAUGUUGAUAAGAGUAAUUCCCAUUUUUACCAAGAUAUGCUGCACUGCUCUCUUAAUCAAAAGAAACGCUUCUCACAGUCGCCGUCUUUAUACAGCAUGGAUUACACAUCCAGCAAUGGGCUAUCCUCCAAUAACAGCAGACCCGCAGACACAAUCUCGAAUAUACCGAAUCCAUCAGGUUAUUCUGGAAAUAAUACUCAGUUUUCUUCUAUUGCGUUGGAUAAUAGUGUUAAGCAACCUGCGGUUAAUACUCUAUCUUUAACGCCCAGUUUUCUAGAUCUACCUGAUGGAAACUAUGAAGUUCCCUAUCACCAAUCGUUUUCAAUCCAUGGGUCAAAAUCAAACAGUACAGACAGAUUUAGGCAGCAAGUACCUUACGCGGAACAAAAGGCCCAGUCGAGGCAGCGAUCUAUUAGCAUUCAUAAAAACCAUCGGUAUAGUCAAUGUCCUAUGGAUGGGCCCAUUCCGUUGACGGAGUCGCCGGUUGACUCGUCUACUACUGUUAACAAUGUUGAUCCUGGUGAGCUCUCCGCUUUUGAGACUUCUAACAACAUGUUAUCUUUUAAUCCGCCUUUUUACGUAUCUAAUUCUACUGAUAUGGGUGGGCAGAAGACGGGCAGUGAUACAACAAUACUUAUGAUGGGGAAUGGCAGUAGCAACUCUGUGGUAAAUGGCAAUAGUUCCAAUUAUCGUGCAACUAUAGGCCUGGGUGCUACCAUGGAUGGUGCUGCCACCUCCUACACUAUUACAUCAUCUGAUGAGGACAUUAGUCAGUUUAUUGCAGAUCAAGGGGGCUCUUCAAAGACACAGUCUAACUUUCCAACCUCAGGUUGGAAAAGGAAUGUUGUUGGACCUUCAGCAGCAUCUGCUAUAGAAGAUAAUGGACAGCAAAAGGAUAACAUAGAAGCUGCCAAAAAAUCGCCUUUGGACAUAAGAAGUAAAAACUCACUGCUCGCGUUCAAUGAUGAUGAGUAUGUAGAUUUGGAGAGUUUGAUAGGUAACUUGUAG